AUUGACUGACCUUUAUCGAUAAAUAUAAGGUAGGAACACAUGUAGAUGCAAUUCGAAUGCCGUUGCUGAAAACGAACGGUCCUGUAACCAGUAAUUACAGCAAUGGUCUACUUUUCGCUUCUUAAUACAGAGACAUCUUUUCAUCAAUAACUUUUGCUAUUUGCAAUUAUGCCACCGCCACCGCCAUCGCUAAGCAUUAAUCCUGACCAUGAAAUUUCUGAGAGUGAGGAAUCAUUUGUCUCAGACGAUGAUAGUGACGCCCCAUGUGCAACCCAAACUGAAGAAUCAAUAUUGUCUCAAAUCCGUGAAUCCUGUACUGGACUUCCAAAACCAGAUUUCAUGAACAAGAUAUCAACCAUUUUAGAUCAUGAAGAGAUCGAAUCAACUAGAGAAGCACUGUAUGACUAUGCUCGCAUUAAUCGCCCACACGAAAUGCCACCAGGUGGAUUAAUUAAAAGAUCGAGGCGUAACAGGGAACACAAAAGUAAGACAAAUAAAAGUCUCGACGACAUAUACGUUUUAUUUAAUUUUAUUGAGGGUGCUGGAAAUGUAUCCGAAGUCAAAAAUAUGUUGAAUCCUAAGAAAGACGUUAAACGCAAAUCAAUGGCAACAAGUAUAGCAAACAGCCAGAUCAACCCCAGUAACAAAGAAGACUGUACAACAUUGGCUCACAUUAUGGAACUGAAAGUGAACAUGCAAAAAGAUCUGAGCGAACUCCAAAGUAAUGUAUCCAAGUUGUUAAAAAAUAAAGAAACGGCACUCGCCAAAGAAGUCGAUAUAAAAACGAAAGAAUUAAACAGGAUUAAGGACACAAAUCAACAAAUACGUAAUGAACUCAAAUUAGCAAAACAAGAAAUUAGCACUCUACAAGAGACAGUAAAAGAAUUAAAGUUAACAUCAGAAAAGUACAUUCAAAAACUACACGUGAAAUUAGAUAGAAUUGAUAUGAAGUUAUCCCAGGAGUCACACGUAACAAAUAAGCGUCAAAAGUCUCCACGUCGCGAUCGAACUCAAAGCGAACCACCGAUGAAUGAGCUACAAACGUGCUCAUCUAUGUCCACGCAAACUAGCUCUAACAUAACGCAAGAGACCCUUAGAGCACUAUCAUCAGAAUCAUCAGCGGAAACGACGACAAAUACCUCUACAAUUAGCUUAUCUACCUCCGUAGCAGCUCAACCAUCUACGUCAGCGACCUAUGCGACGGUAGCUACACACAGAACAAACAUGUGUGCUACAGCCACUGCAGCACCGGGAUCUACAUCGGGCCCAAAGAGUACGAUGACUAUCACCAUACCAACAACGAUCGCGACGAGCUCUACAGUUGUGAGUACGACAUCAGUGCCUACUGUAUCAGCAACUGCAGAAAUUAAAGCCACGCCCCGAACACAGACACCUACGCCGAAUGUUAACUCAGCCGACCAACAGAAGGCACACGUCCAUAGCUCACAAAAUGCUAAGCCAUCUGAUACUCAUCAUAUACCAGCAAGAAUUAGUUCAAGAACCGAUAAUGGCUCAUUCGCCAAUUACCCUCCCACUCAGACUCAUGUGAAACGGCACUAUGUCUCUAAUAGCGCCGAUGACCAUGCUUUUGAGGGAGUACAAGUUACACGUAAAAGAUCCAAGCAAAUACUAUUGUCACACGUAAAAUCUAUUCCUUAUAAUUCUUUACGGUCAUCCAUUUGCAAAGAGCGAGGGAAAGUAUCGCAACAGAUUUUUGACAGUAAAUAA